AUGGAAUGCCACUUCCUUUUGAUUUUCUUUCUUGCUUUUAUACCAACCAUUUUGGCUCGCAAUGUUACGAUCGGUAGGAUUGUGGUUAAUGGAACCACAACGAUAGCAGAAACCGACGAAAAUUACAUCUGCUUGACUAUGGAUAUUUGGCCCCAUAAUGAGUGUAAUAGUUGGACGAAACUUUGUGCUUGGGAUGGCCGUGCAUCUAUGCUCAAUGUGGAUUUAUAUCUUCCUAUCCUUGUCAAUGCAGUGAAAGCUUUCAAGUCUCUAAGGAUUAGAGUAGGAGGUACUUUGCAAGACAGAUUGAUUUAUAAUGUUGGACCCUUCAAGGGACUUUGUCACCCAUUCCAAGCAAACAAAGAUUUGUUAUUCGACUUCUCCGAGGGAUGUUUGUACGUGGAAAGAUGGGAUGAUUUGAAUGAUUUUUUCAACAAGACAGGGGCCAUUGUGACUUUCGGCUUGAACGCCCUUCUCGGGAAGUACAAGACAAAAGGAAUUCAAUGGGAAGGAGAUUGGAACUACAGCAAUGCCGAAGCGCUUAUUCAAUACACGGUCGAAAAGAAUUAUCAAAUAAAUUCAUGGGAGUUUGGUGAUGACCCCAAAUUGAUCUAUAGGUUCGUUGAUCCUAGAUACCUUAGCCAAAUUUCAAAUGUAUUUAAACAACUUGAGAACACAAUUAAAAGACAUGGCCCUUGGUCUGCUGCUUGGGUUGGAGAAGCUGGUGGAGCCUAUCAUGGUGGCAGUCCUCAUAUUUCUGAUGCAUUUAUCAACAGUUUUUGGUACUUGGAUCAACUUGGGAUGGCUGCUUUGUACAAUACCAAAGUAUAUUGUAGACAGACUUUGAUGGGUGGAAUCUAUGGUGUCCUUAAAGCCUCAACUUUAGUUCCUACGCCGGAUUACUACGGGGCACUUCUCUUUCACCGACUCAUGGGUCCGGAUGUUCUCAAGGUUCAUAACAAUGUCUCAUCAUAUCUUCGCAGUUAUGCUCAUUGUUCAAGAGGAAGAUCUGGUGUAACCUUGCUUUUCAUCAAUCUGAGCAACGAAACCGACUUUGAAAUCAAUACUAAAAACCGCAUCCACAUGAGUUUGCAUAAAAGCAAUCCCACGAGAAAUGGUUCUCAUCCAAAGAACAAUCCAAGUGGAGGACUCUCAGAAGAUGGAAGAAAAAUAUCAUCUCAUAGGGAAGAGUAUCAUUUGACUCCAAAAGAUGACCUACUUAGAAGCUCCACCGUGCUUUUAAAUGGGAGUCCAUUAGAGAUCACAAAAGAUGGAGAAUUGCCAGAUCUUACACCUAUUUACCGUGAGAGUAACUCCUCAAUAUUUAUUACUACUUGGUCGGUUGCUUUCAUUGUCAUCCCUGACUUUGUCGCUCCAGCCUGCAAGUUGUGA